AGUUAUGUCGUGUUCCUUUCUGUAACAGAUCCUGACACUGAAUUGCAAGCAAAAUGGAAGCCUUUAAAGUUCAAAGUCCAAAUGUUCAUUAUACCACAGACUACAUAGAGAGCAAGUAUAUAUAUGAAACAACCAGGGUUGACUGUAACUCAAAGGGUUCAUAUGUUGUUCAACCUGUGGAGACGCAGUACACAUUUCGGACUGAGAGGCGAGUACCAAAGGUUGGAUGUAUGUUGGUCGGCUGGGGAGGCAACAAUGGAUGCACCAUAACAGCAGCUGUGCUGGCAAACAAGCUGGGUUUAUCAUGGGACACAAAACUUGGAACUAAGAAAGCAAAUUAUGUCGGUUCUCUGACCCAGUCCUCGACAGUAUGCUUGGGUACAGGACCUGAUGGAGAUGUGUUCAUACCCCUGAAGGAUCUCCUACCGAUGGUCCACCCUAAUGAUAUUGUUUUUGAUGGGUGGGAUAUCUCCUCCCUCAAUUUAGCAGAUGCCACAGAGAGAGCUCAGGUGUUGGAUUAUGGGUUACAACGGCAACUCAGACCUCACCUAGAAAAACUAAAACCACGCCCAUCUAUCUACUGCCCAGAUUUUAUCGCAGCAAAUCAGGUUGAUCGUGCUGACAAUGUAUUGUCCGGGACCAAGCAAGAGAUGAUGGAACAAAUACGGAUGGACAUUCGUGAUUUUAAGUCCAAGAACAAUCUAGAUAAGGUUAUUGUUUUAUGGACAGCAAAUACUGAGAGGUUCUGUGAUGUUAGUGAAGGUCUAAAUGACACUGCUGAAAACCUGUUGAGCUCUAUCGCAAGGAAUGAAGAGGAAGUGUCUCCAUCGUCGAUCUUCGCUGUUGCCAGCAUCUUAGAAAAGUGUUCCUACAUAAAUGGCUCGCCACAAAACACCAAUGUCCCAGGAGUUGUUGAACUUGCAAAGAAGCAUGGAACCUUCAUCGGUGGUGAUGACUUCAAAUCCGGACAGACAAAAAUGAAAUCUGUGCUUGUUGACUUCUUAGUUAGUGCUGGCCUGAAGCCUGUUUCCAUUGUUAGCUACAACCAUCUUGGAAACAACGAUGGCAAAAACUUGUCAGCACCAAAGCAGUUUAGAUCAAAAGAGAUUUCCAAGAGCAAUGUGGUAGAUGACAUGGUGGAAUCAAACCGCAUUCUCUAUGAGAAAGGCGAGAAACCUGACCACUGCGUGGUUAUUAAGUACGUUCCAUAUGUAGGGGACAGCAAGCGAGCGAUGGAUGAGUACACAUCAGAGAUAUUUAUGCAUGGACUCAACACCAUUGUGCUACAUAACACUUGUGAGGACUCCUUAUUGGCUGCACCAAUUAUCCUGGACCUGGUUAUCCUGUGUGAGAUCUGUGAGCGAAUCAAGUUUAAAGUUGGAGAUGAUCAUGAAUUCCAAUCGUUUCAUCCAGUGCUCUCUCUUCUCAGCUACCUUCUCAAAGCACCUUUAGUUCCUGACGGCACUCCGGUUGUUAAUGCUCUCUUCAAGCAAAGAAGUUGUAUCGAAAAUGUUUUUAGGGCAUGUGUUGGUUUGAAGCCACAAAACCACAUGAUGCUGGAACACAAGCAUUCAAGAGAAGUACACCAGCCCCUGAUGCAGAACAGACACACAGACAUUAGGUCUCACCUGGAGAACGGAAUGAAGAAGAAUGGCUAUAUCAACGGUGAAACAAAGGACUUCAAACACACCUACUUGAAUGGAGAUUCUAGUUGCUUCACUCAAGUGAAGGAAAUAAUCUAGAAUAAUUAAGACUUACAAUUAAUAUAAUAUUAUUUCUGCUAGGUCUCAAAAUGCUUGAGAAUUUUGACAGUAAAGAGCACAUUCAUACCCAGUCCUCUUUAUGGGAAGCCGUGUGGGAGAGGAACGUAUAACAUAUGCAGUGAGAAUUUUAAGGUCUUCCUAUUGGCAUCAGUCCCUUACUAAGCGAAUAUAAAUAAGAGCUCUGCAUCUCAAUUCAGCCCAGUUCGCGUAAGAAUCCUUUUGAAUGUUGGCCGCAUUAUGAUGUCUCUCCUUCUUGCUUGCUUCUACAUGCUAAGUACUGCGCUUUGCACCUCCCCUCCGUCCCAUUUCCUAUAUUUUACACUUCCAACUCACUCCAGCACGGUCGCAUUUCUCCAUCUCUUAUUCAGCGAGUGUGAAAGGUACUGUUGCGAAUAGUAUGCUAACCACCAUCAACUAACUUGCACACAAGGGCAGGAAAAGAGUGAACAAAAAAAAGGAAUCUUUUUCUGCUCUGGAAAGUCUGUUGUCAGGUUUGUUGAGUCUCCCAGAAUGGUUUCAUAUUAAUAUGAUAAUUACCAGUUGGCAGCUUCAUAUCCAGAAGAGGAUAUUUGUUUUUUAAUAAAUUAAACGAAAAACAAAAGAAAUUGAGACAAGAUUUUUUUAUUGUUUUAGAAAAAAAUGUGUUAUUUCGCUUUAUGUGAGUUGAAAAGAUGAUUAUGUGUUUGCUGUUUGGUGUUAAUAUUAGCAGGUAAAGAGUUGAAUGAUAAUCUUUGAAGUGUAAAGCAGUAAACUGCGAGAGUAUCUGGAAGCAUUAUUACCCAGUAUUAGUUUGAUAUGCAAAUGUAACUAAUAAUUUAAUCCAAAUUAACGUCAUUAAUUUAUUACCUUGUUUUACAUUUGAUGACGUAAUUUUUUUUUCUAACUAAGUAUUUAUGUUGGAAAAAAAUGUUUUAAAAGAUGUUAAUACUCUGUACAGUAAGGCUUGAGCAAAAUAUAUUGCAUUGCUAACGCUCUAUAUCAGCAGAGAUCAUAAUACCAAGGAAAAUAUUUGACAUGUAUAAAUUAUAAUUCCAGGGUUUAAUUUAAACUCUAUAGACCAUCCUCGUCAGGGUUAAAUUUUGAUUAGCGAUUACAUUGUGAGCUCGAGAUUUCUAUCGCGUGAUAGCUGACGAGGGCGAAGCUCGAAGAAACCAUCAUGCAGAGAAAUCGAGAGCAAGUAAUCUAAUUGUUAUAGUAUAAAUCUACAAUCUGUCCACUAGUAAGUAGUGUAGCCAAUCAGAGAGCAGCAUUCGUGAUAGCUAGUAGAUUUAAACUAACUUGAGGUAGAAGAAAAACAUAGAGCAUGAAAUCAUAUUCAGGUGAAUUUUUUUGUUGUUUGUUUUAUUUCGUUAAGCCUGAGGGUCUACUGAUGCGGUUGAUAUUUUAGAGUAGUUGUGUUAUAUUUGUUAUAAUAUGUUCAUGCCCCUAGUUAAGAAAACUUGAACGUGGAAGGCUGGACACGGGCUAUUUUGGUAGCGUGGUGUUUAUGUCUUGAAAUGAGUAGAUUUUUCCAUUAGAGCACGAAACGACCUGACAGUUUAAGAAUUGGACACAAAUCUUUAAGGCGGAUUAUAUACUUAGUUUUCUUUCCUUCGCUUGUUCGUGUCUAUCACGUGUAAUGAAUGUAUUCUCGAACAAAAGUUAUACGAAAACACAGCAAUUUACAAAAUGUAAUUGUGUUGAUAUUUAACUUAGCACCAACCUACCAAGUAGAAACCUCGAAAGAACAGACAAUUAAAAAGUCAAAUGAUUUGG